GGCAGCGCGCGUUUACAAAAACUCGUUUUCUGCUUACUUUUACUCUUUCUUGAACAAGAUUUUCAUAAGAUCUAGAUUCUAGAUCUAUUCAAGAUUAACUAGAUUAUACCAUAUUCAUUGUUAUUAGAUUUAAAAUCUAGUCAACUAGAUUCUAGAUCUAUAAUAAAAUAAUAAUAAUCUAGUCUACUUCAGACAAAAAAACAAAUAAAAAUGAAAAAUUCUCUAAGUUUCAAGAUGUUUCUUAAGAACAACUCAAAUUCAAUGGCCACAAAGUAUCCAUUUCUUAGUCGGUCUCAAAUAAACUCCAGACUUAGAGCUGAAUGGAAAAAGAUCAGUGAGACGAACAAGCAGAAAAGAACAAACAAUUUUAGCAAUUCACAAGAAUCGACCUUUAAUCUAAAUUUAUCCCCAAAUGUUUUUAAUGGCAAAUUUAGAUCUAUAAAACCAGUUAGAAAUAAUACGAAAGGUGUUGGCAGAGGAUUUCAAUUUCAUGGCAAAGAUCAUUCAAAGCUUAAACCUUCAAGAUUAUGGAGCCCAGGUCUCCAAAUCAAAUCUGAGCAAGGGAGCAAAUCUACUUUAGUACAAGAAAAUAUGUAUGAUUUGGGUGUUGAUCUUGAUGAAUAUGACAAUAUAGACAUUGACCCUCUUAAAAAAGCAAGAAAUAAAAAUAUGGAGCCUCAGGACAUUGAGAAACAAUCUUUUCUUGAAAACAAGUUUUCAGAAUGUGAAAGGAAAAGAACACCUUUAAAAAAGUUAAAAGACAAACAAUCUAGUAAACCAUUUUUAGGUGGUGAAAGACAUGGAGUAUCAACAGAAUUGAAUGUACAAAGCAAAACCAGUCUGUACUGUGACCGAACAUAUUCAAAGGAUGAAACAAAACAAGAAACACCAGUGUCUGAGGAUGAGCUGUUUGAUGAUUAUGAUAACGACAACUUAAACAGUUAUGAUGAAGAUGAUGAUGAAAAUGCUGUCUUGCUGAUUCGCAAAGACAAUUGUCUUACACAAGUCUUUGAUCAAAAUCUUGGGAGCUUCAAUGAUGAUGCAACCAGUUCUCAUGAAAAUGACAAUUUUGUAACUGAAGACAUAAUGCUAACUAAAUAUCAAUAUGACAUCACAGGUGAGAAAAAUAAUUGUUUAUUAGAAACUGAAAGCUCAAAUAACACAGCAGAUUCUGCCAACACCAAACACUCAAUGACUUUAAGAAGAGAAUCCUUAAAACCUCAGUCUAGAGACAACAUUUUCCAAAGCAAAAUGCUACCAACUGAAACAAAUUCUACCGAAAAUUAUAGUCAAUCUGCAAAGCAAGAAAAUAUUUCUACAUCUGAAGAAAAAGUAGAAUGUAUGACUGAAAGGUUGUUUCAUUUGACUGAAGAAUCAAAACCAAACAACUUAUCAGAUGUGAAGGUGUCCCCUAACUCUGCCACCAGUUCCCCAACGAUCAAUGAAGGGUCCACAGAGAGCAUCUUUUAUAGCUACCAUGACAAUACAGAAGACACUGAUAUAGAGAUCAAAAGAACCUCCGUCAUCAGCCACAUGUUUGAAGAGGCUGAAGCGAAGAGAAUGAACAGCAUAUCUACUCCCUCCAGAAGAAGGCUUUUGGCUAGCAGUCGAUUCCAGACUCCAAGUAAUUUUAAGAUGAUGCUGUUUGAUGAGGAAGACAUUUUUGGAUUUUGUUAGUUAAGUUUUUAAAAGUUGAACUGUUCAGUGUCAUUUUUGUUAACUCAAUGUUAAAAUAUAAAUUGCUGAAAUUUCAUGUCAUAUCUUAGCUACAUGUAAAUUAUGUAAACCUAUUGAUUUAAACAAACAGAGAUCCAUAGAAAUCUUGUUUAAAACAGUGUAAGUUUGAUACUACUUACAAGGAAAAAAAAGCAGCCUUAUCAAAAGCCAGAUUUUCUAGUGCUAUUUUUAUUUCCAGGAUAUGAAUGUCUCAGACACUGAGACAGAAACACACUACAAUUCAUAAGUUCCUCUCCUUAAUAGUAUUAAAAUAUAGGGGUAGUCAAAUUAUUGAUUUUUGAGUUGAGUUAGUUUAUUUUUUCCCCAUUAUUUUAAGAUUAUUAUGAAACCACUGUGCUCCCUUAAAAUUGAUAAUUUUGGUUAAUAAUGAAAGAUUUGGGACUUUAAAUACAAUUUAUUUAGAAUGCAGGUCUUCUAAAUAACAUGUUUGUUUUUUGUGUGAUAAAAUCAAUUAUAAGUCAAAGCAUUAUAAUGGAUUAUAAAAAAAAAGCAAUGUGUUAAUUUGUGUUUAUUUUCAAGACAUGGAGACUUGACAAAUACUUUUAAAAAAAAGGAAUAAUUAUAUACAUAUUUUGUGAAAUGAAAAUAAAAACAAUGUCAUCUCAUGAUAAAAAAAGCUAAACUUUAACAAUAUCAAUUGUUUUUGGAUGAUCCCCCAAACCCAGAAAAACCCAUAACAGCAGACAUGUCGGGAUCUAUAUCAUCAAUGCUGUCAUUAGCUUUUCUUUUUCUAUCUUUCCUCUUCUCUUUUUUAUAUGCUUUCUGUUUUUCUUCCUGAAAAAUAAAUAUUAAAAAAGAAAUAAAUGUCUCAUCUAAUCACAAUAAAUUCAACAUUAAACUUCUGA